AUGGAUCUCCUGGAUGGUAACAUUUUGCUAAGGGGAUCGUUUGAUGAUGGUACACUGGCCGAGCGUAUACGCGCGGGCAUUGCCGGUAUACACGCCUUCUACACGCCCACCGCCGUGAGUACCCUGGUGCACGAGGGCGGCGCCCCCAUCAAGUACGGGCCCAACAAGAAGAUCGACAUCGCCAGCCAGACCCGCGAGUCGAAAAUGUUCAACAACCGCGAGUACAUUUUGAAGGAGGCCAUCACCGGCGACUUCUCCCUGGUCAAUGCGUACAAGGCCGACAAACUAGGGAAUCUGGUCUUCCGCAAGACCGCGCGCAACUUCAAUCCGCCCAUCUGCAAAGCCAGCCGCAUCACCAUCGCCGAGGUGGAGGAGAUUGUAGAGGUAGGCGAGCUGGAUCCAGAGCAGAUCGACGUGCCGGACUUGCACCGGCUGGUGCAGGGCGAGAAGUAUGAGAAGCGGUCCGAGCGGAUGACGCUGAAGAAGAUGGACGAAAUGAAGGGCGGCGAUGGUGUGGAUGCCAUUGUGCGAGAAAGGAUUAUCCGCCGCGCCGCCACGGAGUUCAGGAGGGCCGAGGAGAUGCAUGCUAAUCGGGCACUGGGAUUGCCAUGGUGGCCAGUACUCGUAUUUUUCAAGGGAUACGUGCAAAGAUGUAAUCGCGCUUUGGGAUUUUGA